CAGAACAUGUAGUUUUACUGGCGUUUACCUGUAUUGCGAGUUUGUUUGGAAACUAACGGCACGCCCGCCGGCGCUAGAAUGAGUUACGAACAACGGAGAGGAUGGGGACGGGGUCGGGGUGGACGAGGUGGUAGAGGUAGGGGGUCUUCAUCCCAGUAUGAUGCGGGUCCUUCCAGUGCAGGCGCUGGAGGCGGUAGAGAUAAACCGCCUCCUCAUCUGAGAGGCCGGGAUAUCGGACUGUGGUAUGCCAGGAGACAGGGCCAGAAGAGCAAAGACAGGGAGAGGAUGGAGAGAGCUGUUGUGCGAAUGGAUGAAUCCAGAGAGGAACACAUCACAAGACUUCUAAACUCUGUGCAGACAUCAUGUAACAACCAACAGCAGGCACCGUAUGAAGACACUUGGUGGUCUGCUGAGAAUGAAAGGAACAGCCCUAGUCCUCCACCAAGAAGAGCAACAGUAAAUGAAAAGAAAUGCCAGGAACGGAAUACUCCAUUGGUCAGUCAAGAAAAGGAAACCAGCAGUGAUUUGGAUCGCCAACUCCAGGAAGAGCUGCAGAAAAAAAGAACAGACUUUAGAUAUGUAGAGAUGCAGAGAUUUCGAGAAAAACUGCCAUCGUAUAGCAUGAAAGAGGAGAUAACGAAAGUCAUAAAUGCAAAUCAAGUGACUGUUAUUAGUGGAGAAACUGGUUGUGGGAAGACAACACAAGUAACACAGUUUAUUUUGGAUGACCAUAUUACUAGAGGAAAAGGCUCGAAGUGUCACAUUGUGUGCACACAACCAAGGAGGAUCAGUGCGAUUUCAGUUGCAGAGCGUGUGGCAUCAGAGAGAGCUGAGCAAUGUGGAAAAGGGAAUAGCACUGGUUACCAAAUCCGACUUGAAAGUCAGUUACCACGGAAACAAGGCUCUAUUUUGUACUGCACAACCGGCAUAGUUCUACAAUGGCUCCAAUCAGACCAGAAACUGACCAAUGUCAGUCACGUCGUAAUAGAUGAAAUCCACGAGAGAAACUUGCAAUCUGACGUUCUCAUGGCAAUAGUGAAAGAUCUUCUAAUUCAUCGAAAAGAUCUCAAAGUCAUAUUGAUGAGUGCUACUUUAAAUGCUGAAAAGUUUUCACAGUAUUUUGACAACUGUCCAAUGCUCCAUAUCCCUGGAUUUACUUACCCUGUUAAAGAGUAUCUUUUGGAAGAUGUAAUUGAAGCGUUAGGAUAUUUUCCUAAGGACUCAGACAAAAGACCUCGGUGGAAAAAACGUUUUAUGCAGUGGAGCAUGGAGCGUCCAGAAAAAGAAGAAAAGGAAGCAAUAUAUCAGGAACGUUGGCCAGAAUAUGUUCAGACGCUCAAGGGAAGAUACUCUACAAGUACCAUUGAUGCCCUGGAGCUCAUAGACGAUGAAAAGAUCGAUCUUGACCUGGUUGCAGAGCUCAUCAGACAUAUUGUUUUAAAACGAGAGGAUGGUGCUAUUUUGGUAUUUCUACCAGGAUGGGAUAAUAUCAGCACUCUACAUGAUAUAUUGAUGUCCCAGGUCAUGUUUAAAUCAGACAGAUUUAUUAUUAUCCCUUUGCACUCUUUAAUGCCUACCGUAAACCAGACACAGGUUUUUAAAAAGCCCCCUCCUGGAGUCCGUAAAAUUGUAAUAGCAACCAAUAUUGCAGAGACUAGCAUUACGAUAGAUGAUAUAGUGCAUGUCAUAGAUGGCGGCAAAAUAAAGGAAACGCACUACGACACACACAAUAACAUCAGCACGAUGACCGCGGAAUGGGUUAGCCAUGCGAAUGCCAAGCAAAGGAAAGGUCGUGCAGGCAGAGUCCAGCCAGGUUACUGUUAUCACUUGUACAACGGUCUGCGAGAGAGUCUGCUUGAUGAUUAUCAGCUUCCAGAAAUUGUCAGAACACCUUUGGAAGAACUUUGCCUGCAGAUUAAGAUCUUAAAUCUUGGGGGUAUUGCCCACUUCCUUGAAAAGUUAAUGGACCCACCAUCUCAAAGAGCUACAUGUCUGGCAAUAAACCAUCUAUUGGAGUUGAAUGCUCUAGAUAAGCGUGAGGAACUGACUCCCCUUGGUUUCCAUUUGGCACGAUUACCUGUUGAACCACAUAUUGGGAAAAUGAUCCUGUUUGGAGCCUUGUUCUGCUGUUUAGAUCCUGUACUGACCAUUGCGGCUAGCCUCAGCUUUAAAGAUCCAUUUAUCAUUCCUUUGGGAAAGGAGAAGAUUGCCGAUGCAAGAAGAAGAGAGUUAUCUAAAAAUUCUAAAAGUGACCAUCUGACUGUGUUGAAUGCGUUUCUGGGCUGGGAGGAAUCCAAAUGGUGUGGUCCCAGAGCAGAGAGAGAAUACUGUUGGGAAAAUUUUCUGUCUUCUAACACACUCAAGAUGUUGAGUAAUAUGAAAGAACAAUUUGCUGAACAUCUGCUUGGAGCAGGCUUUGUGAGCAGUAGAAAUCCAAAAGACAUAAAAUCUAAUCACAAUUCAGGCAAUGAGAAACUCAUUAAGGCAGUGAUGUGUGCUGGCUUAUAUCCAAAAGUGGCCAAGAUUCGGCCCAGCUUCAGCAAAAAGAGGCAGAUGGUAAAAGUGUAUACAAAAUCUGAUGGCAAGGUUAACAUUCAUCCGAAGUCUGUCAAUGCAGAAGAGAGAGAGUUCCACUAUACUUGGUUGGUCUACCAUCUGAAGAUGAGAACAAGCAGCAUUUACUUGUACGAUUGUACAGAAGUCUCACCGUACUCCCUGCUUUUCUUUGGUGGAGAAAUUUCUAUCCAGAAGGACAAAGACCAAGAUACUAUAGCUGUUGACGAAUGGAUAGUAUUCCAGUCCCCUGCUAGAAUAGCACAUCUAGUUAAGGAUUUGAAGGCGGAACUUGAUAUUCUUUUACAAGAGAAGAUUGAAAAGCCUCAGCCUGUGGACUGGAAUGAGACAAAAUCCAGAGAUUGUGCUGUCCUCUCGGCUAUCAUUGACCUUAUAACCACACAAGAAAGCGCGCAAACUAAGAACUUUGCACCUCGCUUCCAGGAAGAAUAUUGCAACUGAUUGGGAGCAAUCCUCUUGCAGCAAGAAACUACUAUUCUCAAACUUUUUUUUUAUUAUUAUUAUUAUUUAUAAUCCUAGCGCUGUUGGAAAUAUCUAGUCAGCCGAGCGCAGCGCUGUCUUAAUGAAAGGUGCCAUGUUUAUUAGCUGCAACUUAUUCAGACUCCAACAUGAUUGCGGAAUUCACUUCUUGGAGCCGGUGAGACAAUGGACAAUGGUACCUUGUGUUACUGGCGCUGCCAUUGCUAUCCUAAGCCUGAAGGCUGAGCUGUACAUAACUUGCUCAAUGCUUUUCAUUUCCAUAAACUAAAUAGUUUUACACAAUUUCUGUUUUGUUCUUCCUGGAAUGUACUAUAAUAGUAUAUGUGUAUUCUGGAAUAUUGGCAGGUUGUGACAGAAGAAUUAAAAACUCCCAUUCCA